UCAGACGGCGGUAUGGAGAUCAGCCCCGGCGUCCCUCUCUGGUCCAAGGUAGAGCUGCUGCUUCGGUCCAACUACUAGUCGCUAGCGACAAACUUCCAGGGGGAGGGGGGGAGUUAUUUGGAUAAAAUCUGCAGGAUUCCCCCCUCUAAAACCGACAAUGUUCGAUGGGACGUUAAAGGUUCAACCACCGGCUGUUUCCCACAGAGGAGCCGCAAGGAACAACUUUUCCCAACUUUCCUAACCCUAGCUGCUAAAGUAAGCUAACCCGUUAGCCUCACGUCUUGGAAUGCCGUGGGAAAGUCGUUCAGACGCCGAAAACUGACAGAGGAGCUGAUGCUUUAUACCCAGACGGCGGUUGUAUGACAUUAAAAGUGGACUUGGAGAGAGGAAAACCCGUCGCUCGACUACUCUAUCGCACUCGCUGGAAGUAGACGGGGGCAGGUGCACCUUCCUCCCCGCGGCACCUGCGGCUGAGUCGGUGGAGCUAGCGUUAGCUUGUUAGCGCUAGCAUCGAAAACGACAAGUGGAGACUUUGUUUACUUUUGGACGUUUUCCACUCCAAGUGUUUGUAAUUUUGAAGGUCAGCCCACCAGGCGGUGAGAGUUUGGAUACUUUCGUUUGGGUAUCGACCCUGGGUGAGUCGAGUGGCGACGUGGUGGAUAAAAUUACAGCUUGUUGGGACGCUCCUCGCCAAGGGACUUUGGACAGUGUCAAGCGCUCAGGCUGGGGAAUCCCCCUCCUUUUCAAACCAGCCAUCUGAUGCAACAACAUGAGGGUUUGUAAAAGUCACUUUUUUGCAUUUCUGAUUUAAGACUUCGCACCCUAUGGUGUCAUUACGGCCACCGAGAAAUGGAUAUCUCGCAGGCCGCUUUCCCAAACGGUGAAGGGCGGCCGGGCGGUGGGGACGGGGAUCAUGCCUGGACAGAUUGCCCGACGGUGCGGUCCUGGGCUCACUCGGCCCCGCUGUGCCCCACUCGCUCCUUGUGGACGGCCGCGUAUGACUACGAGGCCAGCGGCGAGGACGAGCUCAGUCUGCGCACAGGGGAUGUUGUGGAGGUGCUCUCCAAAGACGCCGCCAUCUCCGGGGACGACGGCUGGUGGACGGGCAAGAUCAACCACCGGGUUGGGAUCUUCCCCUCAAACUAUGUCACCUACCAGCCUGCCAUUUACCGCCUGCCCGUCGCAAGCGUGCGGGAGCGAGUCCCGAGCUCGCCCGUCCAGAUCCCAUUCAGUGAGCUGGUGCUGGAGGAGAUCAUCGGCGUGGGGGGCUUCGGCAAAGUCUACCGGGGCACGUGGAAGGACCAGGAAGUGGCCGUGAAAGCUGCCCGGCAGGACCCCGACGAAGACAUUACGGCCACCUCGGCCAGCGUCAAGCAAGAGGCGAAGCUCUUCUCCAUGCUGCAGCACCCCAACAUCAUCAAACUGGAGGGGGUGUGCCUGGAGGAGCCCAACCUGUGCUUGGUCAUGGAGUACGCCCGAGGGGGCACCCUGAACCGUGUGUUAACGGGAAGGCGGAUCCCCCCGCACAUCCUGGUCAACUGGGCCGUGCAGAUUGCACAAGGGAUGCAUUACCUGCACGAGGAGGCCGUGGUGCGCCUCAUCCACCGUGACCUGAAGUCCAGCAACAUUCUAUUACUUGAAAAAAUAGAGAACGACGACAUCGGCAGGAAGACGCUGAAGAUCACAGAUUUCGGCCUGGCCAGGGAGUGGCACAAAACCACAAAAAUGUCGGCAGCGGGCACCUACUCCUGGAUGGCCCCUGAGGUCAUCAAGUCGUCUCUCUUUUCCAAAGGCAGUGAUGUCUGGAGCUACGGCGUGUUGCUGUGGGAGCUGUUAACCGGGGAGGUGCCUUACCGAGGAAUAGACGGCCUGGCUGUUGCUUACGGCGUUGCAGUCAAUAAAUUAACUCUACCAAUCCCCUCCACCUGCCCCGAGCCCUUCGCUAAGCUAAUGGAAGAGUGUUGGGACCAGGACCCUCACGUGCGCCCCUCCUUCUCCUGCAUCCUGGAGCAGCUGUCGGCCAUCGAGGAAGCGGUGAUGGCCACCAUGCCGCAGGACUCUUUCCACAUCAUGCAGGACGACUGGCGCGUGGAGAUCCAGGAGAUGUUUGACGAGCUCAGGACCAAAGAGAAGGAGCUGCGUUCCCGGGAAGAGGAGCUGACGCGGGCCGCCCUGCAGCAGAAGUCCCAGGAGGAGGAGCUGAAGCGGCGGGAGCAGCAGCUGGCCGAGCGGGAGAUCGACGUGCUGGAGCGGGAGCUCAACAUCCUCAUCUUCCAGAUGAACAAGGACAAGCCCAACGUGAAGAAGAGGAAGGGCAAAUUCAAACGCUCCCGCCUCAAACUCAAGGAUGGCAACCGCAUCAGCUUACCCUCAGACUUCCAGCACAAGAUCACAGUGCAGGCGUCGCCCUCCAUGGACAAGAGGCGGAGCCUUCACAGCACCAGCUCCUCUCCUCCCAGCAGUCCCACACUCAUCCCCCGCCUACGAGCUAUUCAGCUGACGUCCCACGUGCAGAGGGACACUUUGUUUGUUUACCAGCAGGACGUGGACCUGACCAGCGAGCUGGCCGCCUUCUCAGGGCUCAGCGGCGAAGUCACGCAGGACGAGAGCAACCGCACGUGGGGUCGCAGUGCCCUCUUGAGGCCGGAGGAGUUUGAUGACGUGAGGAAGGGCAUCAAGAAGAAGGGGAGAACUUGGGGGCCCAGUUCAGUACAGAGCAAAGAGAGGCCCGCUGCCACCGAGAGAGUGCGUCCUCUGUCAGAUGGCAGCAACCCGUGGUCCACCAGUCUGGUCAAGUCCCAGAAGUCUGUUCCUCUCGCCGCCCUCUUUGCUGAACAAGCAGGGGGCGGUAAAGACGAGGCGUUCCCUCAGGAAUGUCCCGACAGCAGCUCCAAACCAAAGCAGCUCAAGUUCCCCAACCAGGUGUACAUAGAUCUACCUCUGUGGAGGGACGAGCAGCAGCCCCCCAGCACCGGCGGAGAGGUGGGGGUCGGGCCUGCGGCUCCGGGUGGCCCGACGGAGAGCCCCGACGACCCCUACACCACCACGUCCACCUCGUCCGCCUCCACCACCCCGCAGCUCACCCCCACUAACAGCCUGAAGAGGGCGUCGGCGCGCCGCAAGACGGACUCUGUGCUGUACGUGUGCGGCUCGCUGCUGGCCUCCGUGGUGCUGGGCUGUGACAUCAGGGAGGCGCUCAAGAACGGCGACGACGGGGAGCCACCGCGGGAGGAGAAGGAGAAGAAGCGCAAGGAGGGCCUGUUCCAGCGCGCCACCAGGUUCCGCCGCAGCACCUCCCCGCCCAGCGGCCGCCCCCGCAAGGACGAGGCCUCCCCAAGCCACGCCCUCAACCCGCACCCCAAUCUGGUCUCCAUGUCGGCCAUCAUGGAAUGUCAGUCCACCAAGUGUCUCCUGCAGUCGGAGGCCGAGGUGUCACAGUCCAGCCCCAACAAGUUGGAGCCUGCGGCUGUCAAUCAUCACGGCGAGUCCCUGCGGCCCGCCCCCGUGCUGCCCACAGAAAAAAGCCAGACCCAAACCCAAAGUCAGCCGCCUGAGGUGACAAACCACAACACGGGGACGCGCCUACGCAGGAAGAAGUACACCAACAACCAUGAUGCUAACGGUCCCCCCAGCCUGCCACCGCCCGCCGUGCACAAGAAGGACAGCAAGACGAGGCCUGACAAGGAUGCCUGCGCUCGACCUCGUCACGUCUCCUUCCGGGCCAAGUCCCACACCUGGGCGCUGCUGAGAGGCCACAAGAGCUACUCGCUGGGCCACUACUCAGGCGAGAAGACGGCGCAGAACCUCAACAUGGUGCUGUCCUCCCCUGAGGUGGGCGUGGCCUGCUCGCUGCUGGACAUGGACGCCGAGGGCCAGAAGCGGGACUGCACGGUGCCCCUGUGCCGCAUUCAGAGCUCGCCGGGGCGGUCCUCAGUCUUCGAGCUGGACAAGGACUACCUCUCGUAGCUCCCGAGCGUCCAGGACAGGCUGAUGGUGUUUUUGGCACGAGACAAUUCUAGAAGGUUCAGAACCAAGCUGUCCGCUGUUUGACAAGGUUCUAGAGCAUCUUUGUCUUAGUUCAAGACCAUAGUGACGUCGCCCACACGCCGUCUUGAGCGUUUUUUCCCCCUCUUCUUUCUGUGGCAUGGUUCCACCUUGCGCUCGCUGUCGCCCCCCCACUAAACGUUGACCGUCGCUGCCGCGUUCACAACUCAAGUACCUUUUUUAAAUUCAUAUAUCUAUUUUUUUAUAGCUAAUUUAACAGACAUACAUUCCAUGGAAAAGUAAACACUUGAGAUCAUCACAAAUCAUGCCUGGUUUUUAUUUUGGGAUGAAGUAUUCCUUUUGUGUUGUGACGCCUUCUUGCGGUUUAUGGUCGUUUUUUAAAAGCUGGUGUUCCAGCGCCGAGGACAGCAUGAGUGCUGGAUGGUAGCAGGAACACCGGCAGUGAGCACCGUUACCUCUACCAAGGAAACACAAGUGGAGAUGCAAGUUGAAGGGCACAAGAAGUCCAACUAGUCAAUGAAGGAACUGAAGGAAAACAAGAGUCCGUUUAAUUUAGCUGAGAAGGAUUCUGAUGACUUUUUCCAUCUUAAGACUGACUGGAAUCACACCUCAUGUGACGUGCACUCCAAAUGUGGCCACUUUAUUAUUGUUAUUAAUUUACCCGGUAACAGCAACCUCAACGGUGUAAAUACAAGUUUGAGUCCCCAAUGAAGUCAUUGAUAAUGUGAACUCCAGGCCUUACUAAUCAUGUAAGUGUGCUACAGUGGGACUCCAACCCACAGGCCAACACUGUGAAGCAAUACAAACAUUCCGCUGUAGCAGUUUUCUUAUGUCUUAUUUUGUUUUCUCUCUCUCCGUUAGCGAGGCGCCUAGUGGGACCAAAAUGAAUGCAACAAAAAAAAAAAAAAAACACACACAAAAAAGGGGCAGCACCGUAAGGACCAAAAUGUGAGCAGCUGCUACUUACUGGCCAAGCUGGUUGUUGUGUACUCGUUUGUGUAGCAGUAGAGAAAGACUCCGAGUGACGUUGGCGUUGCGCUUCCGAUCGGACGACACCACCUACACUUUUACAGCCACAACCUUUGCCUUUCAGUGACUUUUUUUAUUGUUAUUAUUAUUAUUAUUGUUAUUACAGUAUUCCAUUGCCUGAUUGAUCAAGACUAUCAACAUGUUUUUGAAUAAAGUC